AACCCGUAACGAUUACAAGCACGAAAAAAAGGGGAAAUUUUUCAUCUUUUAACUAUGAAAGGAAAGAUAUGAGUUACAAUCCCAUAAGUCAAUAAUUUGUAUAAAGUCCUUUCUUUGCAAGACUUCCCCAGUGAUUAGGAAUGAAGUGAUGGAGCUGAAGAAUCCAUACAUGAAUGGAAGACAUGUUGUGAUUGGAAACAUCAACUUCAGUUAGACACAAACUCUGGACCUGUCCCUCUCCGGCGCCUUUGGGUCUUUGCACCGACACCGGCAGCCUUUGAAAAAGUCCCAAAACCUUCCAAAUCCAGACACGUCUCCCCCCAACCCUCCAUUCGUGCCGAUAUCGCCGGCCUCGAACGUGCCACCACGUACUCCUUAACUUAUAUUCCCUCACAAACGCUCCGAUCUCAACCUUCAAACCCACCCCAUCACGCUCUCUGUUUCUCUGCCAUGGCUACCGUUGAAGCUUCUUCGCAUGCCCCAACGCCGUUGCUGAAAGAUGAGCUUGACAUUGUGAUCCCCACCAUCAGGAACUUGGACUUCCUUGAGAUGUGGAGGCCAUUCUUUGAGCCUUACCACCUCAUCAUCGUCCAAGAUGGUGAUCCUUCCAAGACCAUCAACGUCCCUGAUGGCUUCGAUUACGAGCUCUAUAACCGCAACGACAUCAACAGGAUUCUGGGUCCCAAAGCCUCCUGCAUUUCCUUCAAGGACUCUGCUUGCCGCUGCUUUGGCUACAUGGUGUCUAAGAAGAAGUAUAUUUUCACAAUUGACGACGACUGCUUUGUCGCUAAAGAUCCAUCUGGAAAACUAAUCAACGCACUUGAGCAGCACAUCAAGAACAUUCUCUCCCCAUCCACCCCUCAUUUUUUCAAUACCCUAUAUGAUCCAUACCGCGACGGUGCAGAUUUUGUUCGUGGAUAUCCUUUUAGUCUCCGUGAGGGAGUCAAAACUGCUGUUUCUCAUGGCCUCUGGCUCAACAUCCCAGAUUAUGAUGCUCCUACACAGCUUGUGAAGCCUCUUGAGAGGAACACUAGGUAUGUGGAUGCAGUUCUGACAAUCCCAAAGGGUACCUUGUUCCCCAUGUGUGGUAUGAAUUUAGCAUUUGACCGUGAACUCAUCGGCCCUGCAAUGUACUUUGGUCUCAUGGGAGAUGGUCAGCCUAUUGGACGUUACGAUGAUAUGUGGGCAGGCUGGUGCACCAAGGUGAUAUGCGACCAUUUGGGAUUGGGAGUCAAGACUGGUCUGCCUUAUAUAUGGCACAGCAAAGCCAGCAAUCCAUUCGUGAAUCUGAAGAAGGAGUACAAAGGCAUAUUCUGGCAGGAGGAGAUCAUCCCAUUCUUCCAAUCAGCGGUUCUCCCAAAAGACUGCACCUCUGUUCAGAAGUGCUACCUUGAAUUGUCCAAGCAGGUUAAGGAAAAGCUUAGUCAGGUAGAUCCUUACUUUGACAAGCUGGCAGACGCCAUGGUUACAUGGAUUGAAGCUUGGGAUGAACUAAACCCGGAUGGAGCUAAUUCAGCUAAACUACCCAAUGGGAAUGCUUAAUAUAAAAUUUUGAUUGAUAGCGAAUGCCACUAUUUUAUCAUUAAGAGUUUAUUUGAACUAUCAGUAGUUGAGUCAUUGUGAUGUUUUUAAUUUAUCCUCUCUCUGACCCACUUGGAUUUGAAGAUUUGGUGUAUGCAUGGUGGGUGUAGUUUUAUAUUAACUUCAUGCUAGAGCAAUAAAAUACUCCAGUACUUGAUUUACCAUUAA